AUGAACGCAGCUUCAGUUUCCAAAGUUAUCUGCUGCCUCCUCUUGAUCGCAAAAAGCUCCACCGCCAUAGACGACUUUGAGUUCCCUAUUGAAGAGCACGAGCAAGUCCCUGUGCCCACCGUGAGCGUUGACCAAAAACUGCCAAAUGAUAGCUCAAGCAGGAUAUUUGGGCUCGAGUGCUACAUUUCAAACCAGGCGUAUCCAAAUGAGUAUUUGUACAUGGUCUCAGGAUGGAAGGGUGACUACCCUUUAAUGCAGCCAGGGCUUCCGAGGCGACCUUUCGAUCAAUGGAACUGGAGAGGAAUGUGGCUCAUCAAUGAGGUCACAAUUAAUGGAGAGCCGUUUUACCAGUUUUGGAAUCACCACUACCACAAGUACCUGAGCUUUAACCCGGGUAGCAGUAAAUAUGUGAAGGGCAAAAAGGACGGCAGCUCGCUGGACAGUAUAUGGGGCGUGGGGCAGCGGGGCACCGCUUACUCGAUUCAUCACUCUAAUGGUUACCUGUACGCCAUGACCUGGAAGAGCAAAAAGGAUAACCGCUUCGUCGGCGUCUUGAAUUACAACCCUGACAAGGAAAUCUAUAACUGGCGCAUCAACUGCCGUAAUAGUAAAGGGGUUGUCUCGUCUUGAUGAGUUAAAAGGUGAAAACCGGAUUUAAAACAAAUUUAUACCUCAAUAAUAAAUAAUAGUUUAUCGGCCCAUGUAUAUUUUAAUAUUUUUAUUAACACAUUCAUUUCAAUAAAAUGUAAAAAUUUUAAAUUUUCC